GGAUAGUAAACAAAAUGGCAUGUUAGAGAGAGAAUCUUCUUCUUCUUCCCUUUGAUUUUCUCUCCAGCCGUGUUAAUGGCGGCCCUGGUUUUAGUUGCUUGGUUGGUGGGAAGGAAUAAAUGUUGCAAUGCAGAAUCAAGGCCCUACCCACUGCUCCCCAAUAAACACUCUCUGGGUUUCCCUUCUUAAUUCCUCUUUCAAUUUUCAGAAAUCAAAGAGAGAGAGAGAAGAGAAGACAAGAGAAGAGAGAGAUUUUCCCUCAUGCACGUGCUUCUGCAACUUCAAUUGGGUGCCAACCAACCGCUCAAAACUUUACAGGGUUUUGUGCGAUUUAGRUGGUAAAUGUUUGUAGUCUUUGGAUUAUCUGUAAGACCCAGAUCGUUAAAUUGAUCCAGAAUCGGAUUCCCCCAAAAUGCCAAAUGGAUAGGUAGAGUAGACCUUGAACUCCUCGAGCAUGAGAAGGGUUCGUUGGCUUCUUCUUUCUCAUGCUCUUCUGUUCUUGGUUGCAUUUCUCGUUGGGAAUUCCUCCGCCGCCACUGAGAAGGACAUUCUACUGCAAUUCAGAGAUGGGAUUUCGGAGGAUCCGUUUGAUUUAUUGAAAAAUUGGAUCGCCGGCGAGGAUCAUUGCCGGAAUUACACCGGCGUGUUCUGCAACUCCGAUGGGUUUGUGGAGAAGAUUGUUCUAUGGAACUCCAGCUUGGCUGGAAUCUUAUCCCCUGCCUUGUCCGGAUUGAAGUCUCUGAGAACUUUGACAUUAUAUGGAAAUAGAUUUACUGGUAAUAUUCCGAUUGAAUAUGCUGCCAUUCUUACACUGUGGAAGCUGAACUUGAGCUCCAAUGCUCUGUCUGGUUCGGUCCCGGAGUUCAUCGGCGAUUUGCCGAGCAUUCGGUUUCUGGAUUUGUCUAGAAAUAGCUUCACUGGGGAGAUUCCUUCCGCUUUGUUCAAGAAUUGUGGUAAAACUAGAUUUGUUUCAUUUUCUCACAACAGAUUUUCAGGUGUGAUACCGUCAACAAUUUUGAACUGUUUGAGUCUUGAAGGAUUUGAUUUCUCAAACAAUGAUCUAAGUGGGAGCAUCCCUUUGCAACUUUGUAAUAAGAUUCAAAGAUUAGAGUAUGUUUCUGUGAGAAGCAAUGCACUGACUGGGAGUGUUCAAGGGCAGUUCUCAGCUUGCCAGAGCUUGAAACUUUUGGAUCUGAGUAGCAACUCGUUCGCUGGGUCGCCACCGUUCGAGGUUCUCGGGUUUAAGAACGCCACUUAUUUUAACGUCUCGUAUAACGGGUUUAAUGGGGGAAUUGGAGAGGUUGUGGCUUGUGGUGAUAAACUGGAAGUUGUUGAUGUUUCAGGGAAUGGCUUGGAUGGGGAGAUCCCAUUGAGCAUUUCAAAAUGUGGGAGUCUUAAGAUCUUGGAUUUGGAAAAUAACAAUCUCAGUGGGGAGAUUCCUGUUGAACUUGCAGCUUUGAAAGAGCUUUUGGUGAUUCGGUUGGGUAAUAAUUCGAUCACCGGGACGGUUCCAGCUGCUUUCGGGAACAUUGAGCUGCUUCAGGUUUUGAAUUUGCAUAAACUCAAACUUGUUGGUGAGAUUCCUGAUGAUAUAACCAACUGCAGGUUUCUUCUUGAGCUGGAUAUUUCUGGUAAUGCAUUGGAAGGGGGAAUUCCUAAAUCUCUUAACAAUAUGACAUACCUUGAAAUUCUUGAUCUACAUGAUAACCGUCUGAACGGAAGCAUUCCAUCGACGCUUGGGAGCCUGUCGAAACUCCAGUUUCUUAAUCUAUCUCAUAACCUGCUGUCUGGUUCAAUACCACCUACUUUUGAAAAUCUGACAAUGCUGAACCAUUUCAAUGUCUCUUUCAAUAACCUUUCGGGCGCUAUACCUCCCGUGAAGAAGAUCCAAGAUUUCGGGCCUUCUGCAUUCUCAAACAAUCCUCUGCUCUGUGGUGCUCCCUUGGAUCCUUGCUCUGGAAACAACACCACUGRCACGACUUCUGCAUUGAAGAAGUCAAAGGUUCUUAGUCCAUCUGCAAUCAUCGCAAUCGUAGCAGCAGUUGUGAUCCUGGUUGGGGUUUGCGUGAUAUCCAUCUUGAACCUAAUGGCUCGGACGAGGAAGGCGAGGAGUACCGAAAUCAUUGAGAGCACACCACUCGGUUCAACCGAGUCAGGUGUCAUAAUUGGGAAACUGGUUCUGUUUAGCAAAACUUUGCCAUCGAAGUAUGAAGACUGGGAGGCUGGCACGAAAGCUUUGCUCGACAAGGAAUGUCUAAUUGGGGGUGGCUCAAUCGGCACCGUCUACAAGACGAGUUUCGAAGGCGGAAUCUCCAUCGCCGUGAAGAAGCUGGAGACUCUAGGGAGGAUCAGAAGCCAAGAUGAGUUCGAGACCGAAAUCGGACGUUUGGGAAACAUUAAACACCRGAACUUAGUCGCAUUUCAGGGGUACUAUUGGUCCUCAUCAAUGCAGUUGAUUCUAUCCGAAUUUGUCUCGAACGGCAAUCUGUACGACAAUCUACAUGGUCUGAGUUUUCCAGGUACCAGCACAGGCAUUGGCAAUACAGAGUUACAUUGGUCUAGGAGAUACCAAAUUGCACUUGGAACAGCUAGAGCUCUUGCUUAUCUUCACCAUGAUUGCAGGCCUCCAAUUCUUCACCUCAACAUGAAAUCAACUAACAUACUGUUAGACGAAAACUACGAAGCCAAGUUAUCCGAUUACGGGUUGGGGAAGUUGCUUCCCGUUUUGGACAAUUACGUCUUAACCAAGUACCAUACUGCUGUAGGCUACGUCGCACCAGAGUUGGCGCAGAGUUUGAGAGUUAGUGAAAAAUGCGACGUCUAUAGUUUCGGAGUGAUUCUACUAGAGUUGGUAACAGGAAGGAAGCCAGUUGAGAGUCCUAGAGCAAACCAGGUAGUGAUCUUGUGUGAAUAUGUAAGGGAGUUAUUGGAAAGGGGUUCUGCCUCGGACUGUUUCGACCGAAACUUGCGUGGCAUUGCUGAAAACGAGCUCAUUCAAGUGAUGAAGUUGGGGUUGAUUUGUACAUCUGAGAUCCCUUCGAAGAGACCGAGCAUGGCYGAGGUUGUUCAAGUUCUCGAGUCGAUAAGAAAUGGAUUAGGAUCGUAGGAAUAGCGUUUUCGGGGUAGAGAGAUCUAAAGAAUGACAGUACCAGAAGCUGAUCAGGAUUUUAGCUGAGAAGAGAAGAGAAGACAGUUUGGGAGUUUUUUCUCAAUUUUCCUUGGUUUAAGAGGAUUCUUUUGUAUUCUUUUUUCUUUCAUUUUGUGAUUAACAUCAUCGAUCGGUCGCUCGUUCGUUCGUUCGUGCAAGAUUGUAAUUUUCGAACAAUAAAAUUCUUUAUUUAUUGCA